AUGAUUAGGCUUCUACUAAAAUCCAUCCUCUUUGUGUGGAUAACUUGUUUUUUAGUGGGAUUCUUAAUAGCUGAAAGCACGACAACACGACCAAACUUUGAAACACCCUCAGAUUAUUUCCUCUUCAGAAUCAAGAAUGGUAGAACAUUACCAUCUAUUUCGAAGAGAAAUCCUCAAAGUAUUCCCUAUCUUAAUAAGGCCCAGCAACGUUUUACCUCUAAGAAUCCUUGGAAUGCUCGUUACACUGAAGAAACCCCAAGCUCUGAGCAAUUCAUGUAUGAUGCUGUUUUAGCCUUUGAUACCUACAAUCUUGACUAUCACCCAUAUGUGAUGGAUAUUGGUUGUACUAGGAAUAUUUUGUAUAUUAGACCAGAUGCCUCUGUUCCAAAUCAUGUUGAAAUGAUGAAGAAUCAUCUUGCUGUUGGAAAUUUGCUUGUUUCAAGCAAGAAGAGUUUUGCCUGUUAUGAUCACUCUCUCAAUGAUCAAGCAGAGACUGAUGAAAAAGUUCUCUACAGAUUAGUCACCAAAUCAGAGUUGAUUUACAACAAGGAGAAUGGCAUUACUUAUUUCCAAUUAGAAACUGGUAAAUUAUCCCUCCUCCAAGUCUUUUCAAAACUCAAAUUAUUAAAGAGUAGACCACUAGGUUAUGUUGCCAAGAAUGGAAGAUUCUCUGGCUCUGCUAGCAAUGAUAAGGCAUUUGAAAUUGGUUGGAAUGUGAAAAGAGAUAGCAAGGGAAAGAUUCUCUACACAAAUAAUAUUCCUACCUAUGAUCAAUCGUCAGUUACAAUGUCCUAUUCAUUCCUUACCUUUGAAUGUACCAAUUGUUUCUUUAGUUUCUAUGCUGGUUAUUAUAUAUACAUUGAAACUGACAUGCCAUGGGAAAUUCUAGACACUGCUAGAGGUACUGGUUUUUAUGCCUUGAGAGUUACACUUCCAACUUUGAAGGUUACGGCCACAGGCAAAUAUGAAAGAGAAUUUGAGUUGAUGAAGAAGAAGGACUUUUACACUGCUGCCUUUGCUGUUGGACCUUUGCCUGUUGAGAUGGCAAUUGGAAUGGGAGUCGGUUUGAAAAUCUACUUGGAGGCCAGUGCAUCUGUCAGCUUUACAAGCGAUUAUACAAGAUCUGGCUCUGCAGGUUUUGAAUAUAUUGAGGGAAACCAUAAAAAGACUACAACUAGUGGAUCAGUUAGUGGUGGUCUCAGAGUGAGUGAAUAUCUUUCUCUUCAAACUCAAGCUAAGGCAACUCUUGAACCAACUCUAUAUAUUACAUUCUAUGAAUUAUUCCCAAUUAUUUUUAAGAUUAAUCCAUACAUUAAUGUCAAAACUCAAACUAAUCCAAAAUCAGGUUGUAAACUUGGUAUGAAUGUCUAUUGGGGUAUUGAUGGUGAAGUUGGUAUUGAUGAAAUUGAAUUGUAUGAUUAUACCAUAUGGGACGGUUAUACUUACGACUUUCCAAUUGUUUCUGAAACUGCCAUUAGCUCACUGUGUGGUAUCUGCUUGAAAAAGUCAAGAAGAUCCAUUGAAAACACUAUGGCUAUUGAUUAUAUCUAUGAUGUGAGUGAAAUGCAGAAUAUUGUUGAAACUAUCACUGAUAAUUCAACAAUUGUUGCCAGACAAAUCUCAAUUGCCGCCGAUAACUUUGAUUACUAUGAUGGCAUUACUUUGAAUUUGGGCUUUACCGUUGCAUGUCAAAUUUCUUAUGGUUCUGUUUCUUAUGAAAUUUCUCAAGAAAGUGUUCAAAUUCCAUUCCAAAAUCUUGUCGCUGAAAAUACUAACAUUGUUAAGGUCAUUAUCAGUAAGGAAGAAACAGAGCAAGUUUCAGUCAAUUUCAAUUAUUAUAGAAGUUCUAUUCAAUUCGGAAAAUCUGUAAAGAUUAGAUCAGGUCUCAUUUUGAUUGAUAUUCCUUCUAUUGUUCCAGACUAUUUGUCAUUUAGCUUAUCAGUUGGUCAACUCACUCUUAAUGAUGGAACUCUUGUUGGAAAUCUUUUGGAAGUUAAAGCCAAUUCAUUCCCAUUAUUCCUCACUUAUACUGGAAGCGAUUCUACACUUACUGUCUUCCCAGUCUAUAAGGGUAACAGUGGUAAGACUGUUAGACAUGUCUUUGAUGGUGUUCAAUCCAGAACUGCUAUCAUGUAUGUUCCAAAUACUGGAAUUUCUCAAUCCCUCCAUUCAUUUGUCGUAACACCAAUCUUACCUAAGAAUGCUGAUGUUACCAUUAAAAUGUUGACUGGCUCAUCAUUUAGUACUGCAUCAAUGAUUGCCAUGACCAGUGCUGUCACCUUGUCAAAGACUGGAAACUCAUUGAAUUCCAUUCCAAAGGUUAUUUACCUUGAAGUGUCGGGAUCAUUUGCAGAAUUAGAACUCCUUAUUGAACCAUUAGAAAUCUAUCAAUUAGAUUUAACUGCUGACACGUCAUUCAAAUACUCAACUCUUUCACCAUUUGGUUUGGCCAUAGACAGAGGAAACUCUUUCGGUAGUCUAGGUAUGGUUAUUGGUAUGGAAAAUUCUACUCAAGGUUAUAUUGGCUAUAAGUUGCAGUCUGAAGAAAACAAAUUGGAAAGUCUCUACACUUCCAAGUCGAGUAGAACCAAUGUUUUUGGCUUCUCAAAGCAAUCCAAUACUGGUCUCAUGGAAGGAACCGUCUAUAUGCGUGUAGAAUCUAGGGCUGUCAUGAGAAACUUACAAGACACAGUCUCUGGAACUAUUCACUUUAGUGAACUAAAGAAUGAAAACAUUACUGUUUCAAUCAAGUUUACCAAUAAUGAAGGAAAAUAUACUGAUGAAUUGGAAUUCUCUGAUUUGACAAAGGAACACAAUAUUUACCUCUGUGUCCUUGUCAAUGAUGCUCAAUAUACUUUCAAUCAACACUAUAUUGGAAAUGCAAACUCAUUUGUCAAGUUCAUUAACAGUAUCAAGACACAAGAAGAACACUCCAACUGGAAUAAUAUCAUUCUUCCAAUGCUUUCAUAUAGUGUUUCUCUUAAUAAGCACAAGGUUGUCCUCGAAAAUCCACAAACUAUGAAGAUUAAGCUUCCUAUUUAUCCAAACUUUGAAACUGAGAAGGAAAGAGUCAUGUUCACCAAAUUGUCAACUCACAUCUUCAUUCCCGAACCAUUGCAAGCCCAAGCAACCGGAGCUUUGAAUGCUGAUAAUACUGGUGUUACGUUAACUCCAGGAGAUAUUGGAGCAAUUAUUGCAUCAGUGGUUGGUUUUGCAAUUAUUGUAGUGUUGGUGAUUGCAUUGAUUGUUGUUAUUGUUUUGUGGAAGUGUACUUCUAACAAGGCUGCAUCCAAUGCUUCAACUGUUUCAGUGACCAGAGAUGUUGAAAUGCAAAAACCUCAAGCAACAACCAACUAG